AUGGACAUGCAGGAACUAGGAAGUUAAUUAUAUGUGCGAGAAACGGCCGAUGUUGAUAUUAUUAUCGUUUUAUUUAAGUAAAAUAUUUAAUACAUAAGAUUACUAGUGGUUAUUAGGCAGUGAAAAGUUUAAUAUAUUUUUAUAGUGAAUAACUUUAAUCAUGCCCUAUUGGUAUUAUGAUAAAAAAGACUUACUGAACACACCAUCAUUUCGCGAUGGAAUUUCAAAUGACACAGAAAAUCGGUAUCGAAAAGAAGGCGCUCGCUUUAUCAUUGACACAGGAUCAAAAAUGGACUUGGGUUACAAUACCGUUGCUACUGGUGUUGUGUAUUUCCACCGCUUUUACAUGUUCCAUUCAUUCAGAACAUUCCCCAGAUAUAUAACAGCUUGUUGCUGUCUCUUCCUCGCGGGUAAAGUUGAGGAGACACCAAAGAAGUGCAAAGACAUAAUUAAAGUUGCCAAAUCUUUAUUAACUGAACAGAAAUUUAGUACAUUUGGCGAUGACCCAAAGGAAGAGGUGAUGACUCUGGAAAGAAUCUUGCUGCAAACUAUCAAGUUUGACUUGCAAGUGGAGCACCCAUAUGGGUAUCUAUUGAAGUAUGCUAAGUGCCUUAAAGGAGAAAAGAGCAAGUUACAAAAAAUUGUUCAGAUGGCUUGGACCUUUGUGAAUGAUAGUUUAUGCACAACUUUGUGCCUUCAGUGGGAACCAGAAGUUAUUGCUGUAGCACUUAUGUUCUUAGCAGGAAAACUAAGUAAAUUUGAAGUAGUAGAUUGGAAUGGACGCACGCCUAAACAUAAUGCUUGGUGGGAUAUGUUUGUUGAAGACAUCUGUAUGGAGCUACUUGAAGAUAUUUGCCAUCAGGUGCUUGAUCUAUAUUCACCGCAAACGCAACCUUCUGCUGCCGACUCACCCCCUCCACAGCUAGUUGCACAGCCUACUAUCAGACCUGUGUUAAAAAACGACAAGAAACCCUCUGUUACACCGCCCACUUCCACAUCACCUGUCGCCGUUGCUAAACCUGUUGUCACGCCCAUCAAAAACGGCUCUGAUGUCAAGCCAGAGCCUCCGAAAAUGGACAUGAGAUUUACUUACCCUGGUUACCCUCCAACAAUGCCCCCUUAUCCGCCCAUGUACUCUGCUCCUCCACCAUCAAUACCACCUCCACGACUGCCAUUACCCCCUGGCCCUCCUUUAGCUAUAUAUUCAGAACCACCUCCUGCAAGAUUUCCUCCGGUUAAUGUUCCUCCUCCCAAUUAUUAUCCCCCUAUGCCAACUCGUGCACCUCUGCCCACGAGAGGUCCAAUACCACCGGGCCCACCGCCUCCAAGGUCCUAUUAUCCCCCAGUGUAACAGAGGGAUAUGUUAAGUUAUUAUAGCUAUAUUAACUUACAUUCUAAUUUUUUACUGAAAUACAAGUAUAGACUCUUA